CUGUUCAACCAAGCUGCACUGCAUGCACACGGCCGAGGUUCGUUGUGUGCGUGUGUGGGGAGGUGAUUCAAAGUGAGUUUCGUGAAUUUCGUUUCUUCUGCUCGGAGUUGUGAAGCAUUCUGUAGUAAAAUGGAUGCUGAGAAUGUGGACAACAUCCCCGAAGAUGUAGAAGAGGAGUCGGAAAGCGAAGAGGAGCUAAUGGACCAAGAGCCCUCUAAGCAACCUUCUAGCAAUGAUGAUGAUCCACAAACACACAACCAGCGCUCUGUUCGCUUCGACCAGCUUUUGGAGCAGACACAGAUGUUUGUGGAGCUGGCAGGAACCGCUAAACGGCCCAGCAGCCCGUUGAAAAUGAAGAAGUCACAAAGUCGCAAACGCACCAUUUCGUCUUCCUCCGACACGGCACCUGGCGGAACGGCUCGCCAUCGCCGCACAGAAGAAGAGGAAGAUGAGGAGCUGCUAUCAACAGCACGUCAAACCACAACAGCGGUCACACGCUUUUCUGCAUCUCCAUCUUACAUCAAGAAUGGUGAGAUGCGUGACUAUCAGAUCCGCGGUCUCAAUUGGCUGAUCAGCCUGUACGAGAACAAGAUCAACGGAAUUCUGGCUGAUGAAAUGGGUUUGGGAAAGACCCUUCAGACCAUCUCCCUCGUUGGUUACAUGAAGCAUUAUCGCAGCAUGUCUGGUCCACAUCUGGUCAUUGUGCCAAAGUCCACGCUGACCAACUGGAGCAUGGAGUUUGAGCGCUGGUGCCCGACCAUUCGCACCUGCACCUUGAUUGGAGACAAAGUCAAGCGGCAAGACUUCAUUGACAACAAGUUGAAGACAGAGGACUUUGAUGUCAUGAUUACCACCUACGAGAUGGUGCUGAAGGUGAAAGGACCAAUCAAGAAAGUCCAGUUCAAGUACCUGAUCAUUGACGAAGCCCAUCGCAUCAAGAACGAGAAAUCAAAGCUGUCGGAGAUUGUGCGCGAGUUCCAGACUGAAGCACGCCUGCUCUUGACCGGUACACCACUGCAAAACAAUCUGCACGAGCUGUGGGCGCUGCUCAACUUUCUCCUACCAGAAGUGUUCAACUCAUCGGAUGAUUUCGAUGCCUGGUUUGACAUGAACAAACUGGACGACGAUAACGGCCUUGUCAAGCGUCUCCACUCUGUAUUGCGGCCGUUUGUGCUGCGUCGCCUCAAGUCAGAUGUGGAGAAGUCGCUGCUGCCCAAGAAAGAGGUCAAGAUCCAAGUUGGCCUGAGCAAGAUGCAGAGAGCUUGGUACACCAAGAUUCUGAUGAAGGACAUUGACGUUGUUAACGGUGCCGGCAAGACGGAUAAGAUGCGCCUGUUGAACAUUCUUAUGCAGCUGCGCAAGUGUUGCAACCACCCGUACCUUUUUGAUGGCGCAGAGCCUGGUCCCCCUUACACAACUGACCAGCACUUGGUGGAUAACUCCGGCAAGCUGUCUCUUCUGGACAAGCUCCUCCCAAAGCUGAAGGAGCAAGGAUCCCGUGUGUUGAUCUUCAGUCAGAUGACACGUGUGAUGGACAUCAUGGAGGAUUACUUCAUGUGGCGUGGCUUCAACUACUGCCGCCUCGAUGGUUCCACUGCGCACGAGGACCGGCAGGUGUCCAUCAAUGAUUUCAACAGGCCGGGCAGUGAGAAGUUUGUCUUUAUGUUGAGUACCCGUGCCGGUGGUCUUGGUAUCAACUUGGCCACGGCCGAUGUGGUCAUUCUGUUUGACAGCGACUGGAACCCACAGGUCGACCUGCAGGCUAUGGACCGUGCUCAUCGUAUUGGUCAGAAGAAGCAGGUGCGCGUGUUCCGCUUUGUCACUGAGCACACCGUGGAGGAGCGCAUUGUGGAGCGUGCUGAUCGCAAGCUCCACUUGGACAAGGUUGUCAUCCAGCAAGGACGCCUGGUUGAUGCAGGUACCAAGGUCGGCAAGGAUGAAGUGUUGCAAAUGAUCAGACACGGUGCCGACAAGGUCUUUUCCAGCAAAGAUAGCACGAUCUCCGACGAGAGCAUCGACCGCCUCCUGGAGCUAAACGAGCAGAAGACUGAGGAGCUGAAGAAGAAGUUGGAGUCGAUGGACGAACAAAAUCUGCGAGGCCUGACACUGGACACGGAUGAUUAUACUGUAUACCAGUUUGAAGGCAAGGAUUUCAGAGAUCUGCAGAAGGGUGCAUUCCCGAAAUGGAUUGAGCCUCCAAAGCGUGAGCGGAAGGCAAACUAUGCGGUGGAUGCGUACUUCCGAGAUGCUUUGCGUGUGAAUGUAGAGCCUCGCAUGCCCAAGGCUCCUCGUCCGCCAAAGCAGCCCAGUGUUCAAGACUACCAGUUCUAUCCGCCUCGCUUGUUUGAACUUUUGGAGAAGGAGAUCAUGAGCUAUCGCCAGUCGAUCGGAUACAAGGUUCCUCUGAAUGUCGACCUUCCUGAUGCUGAGGGCGAACAGAUAAGAGACCAACAGCUCAUCGACUCUGCUGAGCCACUGACAGAGGACGAGGUCAAGGAGAAAGAAGAGCUAUUGAACGAGGGCUUUUCUGACUGGACGAAGCGUGAUCUGCAUCAGUUUGUGAAAGCAUGUGAGCGUUUCGGCCGUGAGGACUUGGACAACGUCAGUAAGGAAGUUGAGGGUAAAUCCCCAGAGCAGGUACGACGCUAUGCCGACGUAUUCUGGGACCGCUACACAGAGCUUCAGGACCACGAGAGGAUCUUGACCACCAUUGAGCGCGGAGAGACCAAGAUCAAGCGCCGUCAGAGCAUUGUUCGCGCUCUGGAGACGAAGAUGGGUCGCUACCGUGCACCCUUCCACCAGCUAGUAAUAAACUACGGUACGAACAAGGGAAAGAACUACACUGAGGAGGAGGACCGAUUCCUGAUCUGCAUGCUGCACAAGCUGGGCUUCGACCGGGAGAAUGUGUACGACGAGCUCCGUGCCGCCAUCCGCGUGUCGCCGAUGUUCCGCUUUGACUGGUUCCUGAAGUCCAGAACAGCAGUGGAACUUCAACGUCGCUGCAACACUCUUAUCUCAUUGAUUGAGAAAGAGAAUGUUGAACUUGAAGAACGCGAACGACAAGAGAAGAGAAAACGCGGCAGCCUUGGCAAAGGCUCUACACCAACAAAGAAGCGCAAGGCCCCUGAGGAAAAGGAGACGCCAAAGUCGGCAUCAAAACGAACGCGGAAGUAGCAGUCGCAUGGAUCCUUGACUUACACCAGAUGAUGUCCUUCUGCUCGUUUGGCUGUGCUAUUGCUACUGCUGCUGGUGUUGCGACUUAUUUAUCCUGACUGCCUCCCAUUGCAGCGGCUAGCGUGAUCUCGUUCGCUGUUUUCUCCUGCUCUUCUAUUACCAGACCUGUACAAACAACUGAAAUGUGUGUGUGUGUGUGUGUGUGUGUGUGUGUGUGUGUGUGUGUGUGUGUGUGUGUGUGUGUGUGUGUUUGCGUGCCUAUGUGUUUGCUUGCAUGUGUGCCUGUGUGUGUGCCUGUGUGUUUGUGUGCCUGUGUGUUUGUCUGUCACCUGUACAUAUCCACCGUAAGUGCUUUAUUUGUGUAAUUUAGAAAGACGAAAACCUUCCAUGAAAGCUGAUACAACUUCGAAAAGACUGCUCAUUCUGAUACUAUUCCACAUUGCUAUUCGUUCCGUCUCCCUCUGGUCUUCUGCAAUUGUCUUCUACUCUUUAUAGUGGCCCGUGCCUCUUGACCCAUCUAUCUCGGUCUUCUCUGGUUGUCCCCCAUACCCUGCUGUGCCUACCUCCUUUCCAUGCUGUUCAGGCUUGCCUUCUUUUUUUUUACUUCUUUUAUUCCUCGCCAUGCAGAUGGCACCAUGCUGAAUUUUGCAACAAAGAGUGUGUAAUUCAAACGCUACAAGAUACAUGUAAUUAUGAA